AUGGAGGUGGUGGCGCUGGUGGCUGUGUCUGUGUCUGUGCUCCUCGGGGGGAUCAUCCUCCUGCUGGCAGUGUGGAGGCAAAAGGGGAGAGGGCUCAGCGAGCCGGGGCCGAGUGAUCACAAAGCCAAUGGACAAGCUGUUCCAGAGAAGCAGGUAUCUAAGAAGCAGAAACAGCAAAAACCACGUAAAGAAAAGUCUCAGCAGCACACCUUCACCCACCCUCUCCUUGCAUCUGCACUUAAGGCUCACAGUGGGAAUAUAACCUGUUUAGAUUUCAGCAGCAAUGGUAAAUAUUUGGCUUCAUGCUCUGAUGACAGAACUGUCAGAAUAUGGAGCACCAAGGACUUCCUUGAGAAAGAGCACCGUUGCAUGAGGGCCAAUGUGGAUUUAGACCAUGCCACUCAUGUCCGCUUCAGUCCUGACUGCCGAACUUUCAUAGUUUGGUUGGCUAAUGGAGAUACAAUCAGAGUGUUUAAAAUGACCAAGAAAGACGACUCCUUCAUCUUUUCUGCAGCUCAUGAUGACUUCCCAAAAAGACACAAAGCUUCCAUCAUUAACAUUGGAAUAGCAGAAACAGGGAAGUUUAUCAUGACUGCAUCCGAUGACACCAGCAUACUAAUUUGGGAUCUGAAGGGAGAGGUGUUGGCUUCCAUCAAUACCAACCAGGUGGCAAAUGCAUAUGCUACAGUUUCACCUUGUGGGAGGUUUGUCGCAAGCUGUGGAUUUACUCCAGAUGUGAAGGUUUGGGAGGUUUGCUUUGGUAAGUCAGGGGAUUUUCGAGAAGUGUGUCGGGCAUUCGAGUUGAAAGGCCACUCUGCUGGUGUAUGUGGAUUUGCUUUCUCCAAUGACUCUAGAAGGAUGGCAACUGUAUCUAAAGAUGGGACAUGGAAGCUCUGGAAUACAGAUGUGGAGUACAAGAAGCAGCAGGACCCCUAUUUGUUGUUCACAGGACAGUGGCGUGGGAGAGAGCCUUGCCGCAUUGCAUUGUCUCCUGAUGGCCGUGUUGUUGCCAUUGCCAGUGUCUCUGAUAUCACAGUGUACAGUGCACAGACAGGGCAGAUAGAAGAAGAAUUCCAUUUGGUACAUGGAGAGAUUAUCUCAAACCUUGCUUUUGACACUACCAAUAGAUUCUUAGUCUCCACUGGAGAUCGGGCUAUCCGUGUAUUCCAUAAUACAGCUGGAUACAGAGCUGCUAUUGGUGACAUGAAGGAAAUGCUAAAGAAAGCCACCAACAAGGGCAUGAAGGACAGGCUACAGCAGCAAAUUAAAGAUGCUCAGAGUGCAUUAGAUGUUGUGUGCAAACAGGUAAAAAAGUGA